UGUGCCAGGCGACACCGGCGUUUGGAGGACAGGCAGGUGACACAGACAUUGGACCACAGCAUGUCAGGAUUAAAAUACAACGUGACACUGCCUGUGGCGGUGGGCUUUAUGCUGGUGGGCCUCCCUUACUCCAUCUCUUUAGCUGCUCAGUGGCUGUAUGGCUGGCCAAACAAACCCGGAUAUAAGAAGUACAUGGAAGCUCUAAAACCGAGACGAAUAUACUGUUUGACAAGAGCUGUCCUGGAGACCUUGAAGUACCUGCAGUAUGGGAGACUUUACUUUCAGUGGAAGUCAUGGUACAAGAAUGACAAAAACCGUAAACAUUAUGAAAAGGGCAUCACAUUUGGCCGCAGAGGUAACAGGCUUGACUUGUACCACCCUCCAAAUGGGGGCAGAUCUAAAGAUGUGCCCUCGCCACUGGUGGUUUUCAUCUACGGGGGGGCAUGGGGCUCCGGGGAUCGAUCCAUUUAUUGUCUGCUGGCCCGGCAGAUGGCUGAAGAACUGAAUGCUACUGUCAUUUGUCCUGAUUACUGCACAUAUCCAAAGGGUAAUGUUUUAGCAAUGGCGCAGGAUAUCGCUGACUGCUUAAUUUGGGCCCAAGAGAGUGGAGCAAAGUUCAGCUUUGACAAAAAUAAUAUCGUGUUGAUUGGUCAUUCAGCGGGUGCACAUUUGUGUGCACUGACCACACUGUUUCUCAUUGAUGCAAGAGAAGAGCUUUUCAUAGAGGUCAGCAAGCAGAGGGAUGUCACACUGGCAAUAAGAGGAGUUAUUGGUCUGAGUGGGGUUUACAACAUCAUGGAUCAUUAUGAGCAUGAGCAGAGGCGUGCAAUCGAAUACGUCUCCACUAUGCAUAAAGCCAUGAAUGGAGUAGAGAACUUCCCGUAUUAUUCACCAGCACAUUUACUGAAGAAGUUCAGUCAGGACACACUGAGCAGAGUGCCUCCGUUUGCUUUGCUCCAUGGGACCAAUGACAUAAUCGUCCCUUUUGAAUCUUCCACAAAGUUCUCUGAGCUCCUCACCUCACUGUCCAUAAAGGUGUCACUCUACCUGCUGCCAAAAGUUGACCACACCGAGAUGGUCACCGACCUCAUGGCGUCUGACAGGCGCUUCUACCAUCCCAUCUACAGCUGUAUCAAACAGGAGUACAGAAAACUUUUGGGAUCCUGCUGAUGUCCAGACAGAUCACAGAAAAAUCAUCCAUUCAUCCAUUUUAUUUACAGAUUGUGGUGAUUGUUUACAUAAUUACCUUAUACCUCAGAGUUAAACCGUGUAAGCCUUGAUUUUAACUUAAUUCCUUUAAGUAGUAAUUCCAUCAGUUUGGUUUAUAUUCCAAGCUGUUUCCUGAUUGUUACUGAGUAAGUUUGAAUCUGUGUUUUGGAAAAGAGUGACUAAAAUCCUGAUAAUGUCAUUUUAAUAUUUUCAUAGUGGCAUUAUUCAGAUUGAAGGAAAGUUGAGCUACCAGCUGUGAACCAAUGACCAUAUUAUGAGGAACAACAGAAGCUUUCUACAUAUUAUUGAAAUUGGAGUCCAGGCAGCAGAUCUGACCUGCACCUGGCCCCAUCUGUACACUGCUUAUUCAUUAACCUUCAUGAUGUCACCAAAUGAAAGUUUUCUCGAUUGUCAUUAUUAUCUUGAAUAACUUGUUUUGUUGAUUUCAGUCACAUUAAAACCAAGUGAAGGAA